UGUCAUCGCAAAAAACCGGGCCGCAUACUAGUAAGUAGAGGUGGUGCCACAAUUCGUCCUUCACCAUUUUAUUGUAAGCACCUCUUCCUGGUUGUUGACUUCCACGAUAUUCGGCUUGAAGGGAAAAUGCCCCCAGUUCCUUCAAUAUCUCCUGCUACUGGUAACCCCACGACCUCCUCAUUCAUUCAUACAUUAGACUCCAACUUCGUCGAUAACGCUGGCCGAACACUAUUACUCAGAGGUGUAAAUCUUUCUGGGUCAUCAAAAGCGCCUGUAGACCAGCCUUCAUAUAUUUUGGAUAAUUUCUGGGAAAGCGCAGAACAUGGCGGCAAAACUUUCAUAGGUAGACCGCUCGACCUUGACGAUGGCUCUGCGGAUGUGCAUCUGGCGCGCCUGAGAGGCUGGGGAUUCAACAUGCUCCGGUUUCCUAUCACCUGGGAAGCCUUGGAACAUGAAGGACCCGGAACGUACGACUAUGAAUUCAUGGACUACACUGUGCGCGUAUUGCGCAAAUGCAAAGAAUAUGGAUUCAAAGUAUACAUUGAUCCUCACCAAGACACUUGGUCGAGAUUCUCAGGUGGUUCCGGCGCACCUUUUUGGACGCUCGCUGCCUGCGGCAUAAAUCCGCGAAAUAUUACAUCUACUCAGGCUGCCAUCAUACAUUCCGAAUACCCUAUACCUUCUGCAACAACACCCGCAUCUUUGCCUGCCAUGGUCUGGUCGACAAACUAUGGUCGACUCUUAUCCCAAACUAUUUUUACCUUGUUCUUCGCAGGCCGCGAUUUCGCUCCAAAAUGUAUCAUAGACGGGAAGAACAUUCAAGAUUACCUACAGGAGCAUUACAUAGAGGCUAUGGGACAAAUGGCCGACCGUAUACGUGAUGCCGGGGAUCUGCUCGAAGAAUGUGUCAUUGGAUGGGAUAGCAUGAACGAACCCUUCGAGGGCUUUUGUGGUUGGGAAGACCUCAAUGCAAACCCUACAAAGCAAGGGUCCACCUUGAAGAAGGGUUCUUCGCCUACUCCUGCUCAAUCAUUCCGCCUUGGAAUGGGCACCGCUCAGACCGUCGACAAUUGGAACUUCGGCACGUUUGGCCCGUCUAAAAACGGGCUUGUUACCAUUGACCCCAACGGUGACAAGAUGUGGGCUGAUCCUGAUAUCGAAGAUACCGAUGGUAUCCAUCCGAGAUGGGGUUGGCAGAGAGAUUCGGGAUGGAAGCUGGGGACGUGUAUAUGGGCUCAGCAUGGUGUAUGGGACCUCGAGACAGGCGAUAUCCUUCGGUCAGACUACUUUCGCUAUCUCCCCAAGGACCGAAAACCUAUCGACGGUCGUGCUCUUUCGGAAGAAGAAUUAUCAUCACCGAACACACCUGUCGUCGAAUUUGUUGAACAUUACUGGCGUUCUCACUGGCGGUUAUUUGCUAUUCGUAUACGUGCAUCACAUCCUGAAGCCAUCAUGUUCAUCCAACCUCCUGUGUUUGCUGCUCCCCCACCCAUCGAAGAAACCGGUAUUGACGGUCUGAACGGACGCUGUGCAUUCGCCGGUCACUACUACGACGGACUAACUUUAAUAACACGGCAUUGGAACUGGUUCAACGCUGAUGCCCUCGGCGUGAUACGAGGAAGAUACUCAUCGCCCAUACAGGCAGUUAAAAUCGGCGAACGUGCAAUCCGGAAGAGCCUGCAGGAGCAGCUCGGCAUACUCAAGAGUGAUACUUUGACUCUAGGACCUUAUCCGACAAUCAUCGGUGAAAUUGGUACUCCGUUCGACAUGGAUGAUAAACGGAGUUAUGGGUGGACGGAUGACGGAAAAUAUCGAGGGGACUAUUCGCGUCAAGAGCGUGCGCUGGACGCUAGCUUAAACGGUGCAGAUGGACCCAAUGCUAUCAACUACACGAUAUGGACAUACUGCCCUGAUAGCACUCACCAAUGGGGAGACGGGUGGAAUAUGGAAGAUCUCAGCUUAUGGAGCGCGGACGACAUUGGCCUUACUGGUCGUACACCAACCAUCGGAGAUCUGCUGAAUCAGCAAGGGGAUGAGGCCAGCAUGUACGGUAUGGGUCGGGACGACUCUCAAGCAGUUCUUCUACGGAAGAAGGUCGAAGCCUCACAAGGGCGGAUUUUCCGUCAACCAUCAGCUGCUGAUUCCUCUGCAUUAUCAUUAGCUACACUUGGUCCUUUAGAAGUGUGGAGUGAGAUCACGUCAAGAUGGAAAGAAAACCCUUUUGAUUUCUUGACAGAUGGUGCUAGAGCCGUCAAAGCGUUUGCUCGGCCUUGGCCAACCAAAGUCGUCGGCAAGCCUUCAAAUAUCCAGUUUGACAUUGCAUCGACUGGCUUCAAGUUGACUGUCCUCGUACGCUCAGAAGACAAGUUGAACGAAGAAGGCAUAGACGAUAAGGACCUGGCUACAGAGGUAUACGUACCUUUGGUGCACUACGCACAUCCGAGGUUGCUGCCUUCCAGGGAAAACGAACAGACCCCUUCCGAGGACGAUACUUUGGAUGGAGGGGAAGUUCGAAUUGCACCCUCCCCAUCUGAAAUCAGCACAAGUACCACUCCUACUAUCACGAACGCAUCUGUAGGCUGGGAGGGACUGACCGAGCAGCCCGAUGUUCUGGAUAUCGAGGUCACUGUUAGCGCUGGUCGAUGGUCAGUGCAAGGCCAGACUAUCAACUGGUGGUAUGAAGUACCGCAGGUCGGGGAGGUUGACCGGGAGUACACAAUGGAAAUUCGAAGGACAGGUGGCGCCAUCAAGACGAACGAGUCCCUCAAUUCUGAAAGUUGGUUCGAACAACUUUGUCCUGAUCUUUGUCCUGAAUCAUGUUGUGUGAUGUAAUCCGAGCUUACAGCAGUAGUCGAGUUUUCAACUAUCAUGUUGGACCACUCGCAGUUACGAGGUACGUUGAGAGCGUACGAACAUUUUUUUC